AUGUCCGUCGUCUCGCUUUUGGGGGUCAAUGUCAUGAACAACCCCGCCAAGUUCACCGACAAGUACGAGUUUGAAAUCACCUUUGAGUGCCUUGAGCAGCUCGAGAAGGAUCUCGAGUGGAAGCUGACCUACGUCGGAUCCGCCACUUCCGACCAGUACGACCAAGAGCUUGACUCGCUGCUUGUCGGCCCCGUCCCCGUCGGCGUCAACAAGUUCAUCUUCGAGGCCGAGGCUCCCAACACUUCGCGCAUUCCUGACGCCGAUAUUCUCGGUGUAACUGUCGUCCUCCUGACCUGUUCCUACGACGGUCGGGAGUUCAUCCGCAUUGGUUACUAUGUCAACAACGAGUACGACUCGGAGGAACUUAACACCGAGCCCCCGGCCAAGCCCAUCAUUGAGCGCGUCAAGCGCAAUGUCCUUGCUGAGAAGCCCCGAGUGACGCGAUUCGCAAUCAAGUGGUAA